GUGCGGCGCAGUGAAAUAUGCCUUGGUGUAAGCAAGGAACUACAGACAAGCUUGUACGAGAGUUUUUACGCACAGGGACCGCUGCAAGGGUUUUGCCAGAGAUCCAGGCUUAAUGCAAACACAGCUGUCAAGGAACAAGAUGAUGAAGAACUGGGGCGUGAUUGGUGGAAUCGCUGCUGCCAUGGCUGCUGGGGUCUAUGUACUAUGGGGGCCAAUUUCAGACAGGAAGAAGAAGAGAAAAGGUAUGGUUCCUGGUCUGCUUAAUCUGGGGAACACGUGUUUUAUGAACUCACUUCUCCAGGGCCUGGCAGCGUGUCCUUCCUUCAUCCGAUGGCUUGAAGACUUCACAAGUGAAAACAGAGUUCAUCCGGAGAGAACGGAGAGAGAAACUCAGCUGUCCAGAUCUCUGAUGCAGUUACUUAAAGCCCUGUCGAGUCAUGAUCCAGGAGAAGAUGAUGUUUUAGAUGCCGGAGGCCUUUUAGAAGCACUCAGACUUUACAGAUGGCACAUCACCUCAUUCGAGGAACAGGAUGCUCAUGAGCUCUUUCAUGUUCUCACAUCAUCAUUAGAGGAGGAACAGGAACGCCAACCCAGAGUUGCUCAUCUCUUCGACAUGCAAACACUGGAGAAAUCUGUGGAGUCCAAAGAGAAAAACAUUAGUUGUCGGAGUGGAGGCCCACUGCAUCCUAUUCCUAGUUUAUGGAGAACUAGGCAUCCUUUUCAUGGGCGGUUAACAAGUUACAUGGCUUGCAAGCGAUGUGAACAACAGAGUCCUGUGCAUUAUGACUCUUUCGACAGCUUAUCUCUUUCGAUCCCUUCAAUACAGUGGGGUCGACCUGUUACUUUGGACCAGUGUUUACAGCAUUUCAUCUCCUCUGAAACCAUCAAAGAAGUGGAAUGUGAAAACUGUACCAAGGUAUACUUUACCAGCAUAUCAAGACAGGAUCAUAAAGGAAGCAGCCUGUUUACAAAAAAGCAGCAGGCUGGCGAGCUUGUAAAUGGAGAAGUGCUUGAGAGUCAGAGGACGACAUUUGUCAAGCAGUUGAAACUUGGAAAGUUGCCUCAGUGCCUCUGCAUCCAUUUGCAAAGACUGACGUGGUCUAAAGAGGGCAGUCCCAUAAAGAGACAAGAGCAUGUUCAGUUUACAGAAUAUUUGUCUCUGGAUCGAUACAAACACUGUAGUGCUGCUCAGAGCCUGCAGAAGACCAGCAGAACAAAUAAGGCUGUAUCUGCCAAAGCUUCCGGAGACCCAAAGGACAAAGCCAUUGCAAAUGGUGUUGAUUCAGAGCACUGUAAUAACAACAAGCCGCUGUCCAAUGGAAGUUUUCCCUCUAUCUUUCUGCACUCACCUGGACUGAGCUCACAACUCAACCUCACAUACGACUACAGCACCUCGGAGUACCUCUUCCGCUUAACGGCGGUGCUGGUUCAUCAUGGAGACAUGCAUUCAGGACAUUUUAUCACUUACCGCCGCUGUCCUGCCGCUGCACGUGCGACAUCACCUUUCAGCUUGCAGUGGCUUUGGGUGUCUGAUGACUCCGUGAGGAAGGCCAGUCUUCAGGAGGUGCUCUCCUCCAGUGCAUAUCUGCUCUUUUAUGAGCGAAUGCAGAGACCCGGCCUGAGGGUAGAAGAGUAGCAUUUCAGCGGACUUAGUUAAAAGCCAGAGUGUUAUUAACCCUCCAUUCCAUGCUAUAUGCUACUUACAGCCAAGUGGAUUUGUGCAUCCCAGUGCAUGAAGUUUGGCAUGAAUAUUGUUUUUUUUCUCUCUUCAUGAGAAAGAGGGAGAAAAUUGGGGUUUUCUAUGUCACAGAUACCACCUUAGAGAGAUAGCUCACCCACUUACCGUUUACUUGUUUCUUUUCUGUUGAACGCAAAAGAAGAUACUUUGAAGAAUGUUGGAAACUGGUAGUCGUUAACUUUUGUAUAUUAAAUGUCAACGGCUACCAACUUUUUCUUUUGUGUUCAACAGAAGAAAGAAACUCAAUAGGUUGGAGCAACAUGAAGGGGAGUCAUUUUCACUUUUUGGGUGAACUACCCCUUUUAUUUUGCUCUGUGUUUAUGGCAGUUGUUGUUUUAGUCAUUAUCUGAGAGUGUGAGCGAUGCUAGACAAGAUUACUGAUAUGGGAUUCACAAAGAUCUGAAGUUGGUUUCUGUCUGGAACACAUCAGAUUUCAUGAUAAUGUUGCAAAAUGACCCAUAAUUGUUGCCUUGCCCAUUAAGCUAAUGAUUUGUUAGACAAAAGUACAUUUUACAUGCGUCUCAUGCUGUUUUUUAUAUAAUUAAUGAUGUGUCUGAUAAAUAACUAUUGUUAAUGUGUUUAUGCAAUUCGCAUAUAAAGGUUUUUUGUAACAUGUAGACGCCACUAAGUUGUUUUUGUUUCACAUUUUGCAGUUAAUUAGAGGAGAACACAAAAUUAUGGGAUACAGCCACAUCAGGCGUUUUGCGUCUACACGUAGUACGGUUUUCCUAUAAAUCCUUAUUUUUGUUUUGUUGUAUGAUCGACAUAUCCUUCAUAAUUUUAACAUAAGUAAACACUUAUAGCCAAGAACUGGAAAUUAUAACCCAAAUUCCAGCUCUUUAUUCACCAAACGGAUUUUCUUCUAAAACAAGCAUUUCAAUAUACAUCCAUAUCCAGUGUUACUCUGUAAAUUCCUUGUUAAAUGUUGAUUGUACAUGAUGCAGUUUGCACAAUUGUAUAUUUUUAUGAUACUAGUGUGUAUGAUUGUGUGGGUGAGUUUUUUUCCACAUGUAAAUUAAUUUAAAUUAAAUAAAU